AUGUAAAAUUAUCAUUACAAGCUUAUACAGGAACAGUUUGGAAAUAAGUAUACAAAUCCAGAGUAAUGCGGAUAAGGAGCAUUUUCAACAGUCUAUUAGUGUAAAAAAAAAGAUGGAAACUUUGUAGCUAUUAAGGUGAUUGAUACAGAAAGAGCUGCAAACAUUACCAAUAUUUUGAAAAAUGAAACUUCAUUAUUAGAGCGGUGCGACAAUGAAAAUGUUAUCAAAUUGUAUGAAAGUGCUGAAUUAGGCAAGGCACAACUUUUAGUCUUAGAAUAUUGUGAAAUGGAUUUGUAGAAAAUGAGUAGAGAUUAUUAUAACAACAAGAUACCAGAAAAAAUUGUAAUUGUUAUUAUUAAACAAUUAAUCAAUGGAUUAUUUUAUUUACACAAAAAUAAAAUCAUUCAUAGAGAUUUGAAGUUGGAAAAUAUAGGAGUAGUUAUUAGGAAGGAGGAUCUAAAAAAUCUGAAUAACAAAAACUAAUCUCUCUAUGACUCAAUUUUUAGAAAUGCUAGUUAUAAACUAAUUGAUUUUGGCUUCGCUAAAUAAUUAUUAGAGGAGACAAAAACUUUAGCCGGAAGCUAUUUUAAUAUGGCUCCUGAAGUUUUAUGCGGAAGAAAGUAUUCUUUUCCAGCAGAUAUUUAUAGUUUGGGAGUCUGCAUAUAUUAAAUGAUUACUGGUUAGUAUCCCUAUUAAGGUAAAUCUUAAUAGGAACAAUAUAAAGAGAUUAAAAAAUAAAAAGCCAAAUUUGAUUCAAUAAAUGAUCAAUUACUAAGAGAUAACAUUAAAUAGAUGCUAUAAUAUGAUGUGAAUUUAAGGUUGACAUUCUAGGAGUUAUAUUCGUCAGAGUCAGAAUUGGUUCAUUUGAAGGAUUUCUAUAAUUAAAAUUCUGAAUUUUAUAUUAUAAAUACGCCAAACGAUGAUCCUCAGGAAUCAUUGCUUAGUCAGACACAGGAAUUUUCAGUGAUUCAAAUCCCCAAUCCAUCUUAAAUUGAGUCAAAAAUAGAAAUCAUAUAAGUGCCAUAAAUUUAUAGAUGGUAAAAUUAAAAAAAUGUCUGCAAUUUAAUUUUAAUCUGUUGUAAAAAAUUAAAAUAUAUCAUUGAAAAAAUUCCUGAUAAGAUCCGUCAAUAUGAGUAUUAGAAUUCAUUCAUAGGGUGCUUCAAUUAUUACUAUAAAUUAGUUGAAAAGCUUCUUAAUGAGUAGAAAAAAAAAUUUAAUUAAAAAAGUGAUUAUUCCUAAUAUUAGUCAUCGUUUAGAGAUUCAUUAAAAAAUUUACAAUUGAUGAAUUAUAAAUAUCAGUAGGUAUAUAUUAUAUAAGAGCUCAACUUAUCAGAGAUAGAUGAUACUGAAAAUUACUAUGACUUACUAUCUCUUAUGUAAAUUAAUAAUGAAAAAAUCUUUAUGAUAAUCAGAAAUAUGAUAGAAAUUAUUGGAUGUGAUAUGGAUCAAUAAUUACAGGAAUUCCGUUGUAAUUGUUAUUUGAUUCAAUAUUAAAUAAUAAUCCUUUAUGCUGAAAUUUAGAACACGACCACAACAUUUGGUGAUGAUCAAUUUCUUGAAUUAAAGUCUGAAUAGUUUAACAGCAAUCCAGAACCUAUUAAAUCUUAACUAUAUGAGUUAAUGAAAAAAAAGAACGUGAAUUUUGAGGAGGUAUAUUGAUGUCACUGGAAUUUCAAUUAUUUUUAUUUUGAAAUUAUAUAAUUUUGUAUAAA